CGCGCCCACUGGGGCCCCAUCUCCAGGCGGGGAAAAAGCGAUGUGUACUGAAUGCAUUUGGUAUCGUCCCAAGUCUUUAUAUUAGAUGCGUCCUGCGACGUGACAGGUCGACCGAAUUCCUUUCGACACCAGAUUGAAGCUCUCCAGAGCCUCCGUUGUCCACCAUGUUCGAGAAGCUCCCCAAGAUCUAUAAUGUCUACUUCCUGGCGUGCGUCGCCACGAUGGGUGGUAUGCUCUUCGGUUUCGAUAUUUCCUCGAUGAGUGCUAUCAUCGGAACCGAUCAGUAUCUCGAAUACUUCGAUAACCCAGCUGGUAUUGCCCAAGGUGUCAUCGGUGCCGCACUUGCUCUUGGUUCUGUCAUUGGUUCUCUAUUUGCUGGUCCCCUCUCGGACUACCUUGGUCGCCGCGAUGCCCUUCUCUUCUCGUGUAUCUUCUGGCUCAUCGGAACAGCCAUCCAGACAGCCACCACCGGCCGCAACAUGCUAAUCGGUGGUCGCGUCCUUAAUGGCAUCACUGUCGGUAUCACAUCAUCACAAGUACCUGUGUACCUUGCAGAAGUCGCGAAGCACUCUCAGCGUGGAACCAUCAUCAUCAUCCAGCAAUUGGCCAUUGAAUGGGGUAUUUUGAUCAUGUACUUCAUCGGGUACGGCUGCUCUUUCGUCGCUGGAGAGGAUUCAUUCCGGACAGCUUGGUCUAUCCAGUUUGUUCCUUGCGUGUUCUUCAUGAUCGGUCUUCCCUUCCUCCCUGAAUCUCCUCGCUGGCUCGCCAUGAAGGACCGCACCGAACAAGCCAUUCGUACUCUUGCAAACAUUCAAGCCGGAGGAGACCUCAACGAUCCUUAUGUCAUCGCCCAAUACGAGGAAAUUGUCACUGUUCUCGCCGCUGAGCGCGCCGCUCUCAAGGGAUGGAGGAAGUUUGUGUACAACGGCAUGUGGCGCCGCACUCUUGCUGGUUUUUCUGUCCAGGCCUGGCAGCAGCUUUCUGGCGCCAACGUUAUGACAUACUAUGUCGUUUACAUCUUCUACAUGGCCGAUCUUUCGGGCAACGUCAAUCUGGUCGCUGGUGGAGUGCAGUACGCUCUGUUCAUCAUCUUCUCCUCGAUCAUGUUCUUCUUCGUUGACAAGAUAGGCCGAAGAACGCUGUUGAUCUACGGUGCCUUGGCUAUGGCUUUCUGCCACUUUGUCGUUGGUGGUGUAUUGGGAGUGCACGGUGUGGACGUCCCUGAGGGUGUCAAUGGCGAUGCCAACAUUCUGAUCCGGGUUACUGGUUCGCCCGCCUACACGGUCAUCGCCUUCUCCUAUCUUCUCAUCAUCGUCUAUGCUCUCACCCUCGCUCCCAUUUGCUGGAUUUACGCUGCCGAAGUUUGGUCCCUCGAGACUCGUGCCACUGGUAUGGGCAUCGCGGCCAUUGGUAAUUGGCUGUUCAACUUCGCCAUCGGUCUUUUCAUCCCUCCUGCCUUCCGCAACAUCAAAUACGGCCUUUUCCUGCUUUUCGGAGCCUUCUGCGUCCUGGGGGCAACCCAGUUCUGGUUCACUUAUCCUGAGACUUGCGGCAAGACUAUCGAGGAAAUCGAAGUUCUCUUCAGCAAUGAGGGUCCUCAAGCCUGGAAGACCAGGAAGGGAUCGGAGCGUCUCCAGCACGAAAUCGAGGAUGUUGCCACGGCUCAGGCUAAGGGCGAGGCUCGUGCCAGCAUUGACGCAGUCAUCUCCAAGGAGAGCGCUCACCACACUGAGAAGGCUGAUGUUGUUUGAAGUGCGUGUGAUUCAUGCGUAGGAAGACAGCUCACUAAUGUUCAGUUCAUCGAACAAGAGUCAACGAAGAUACCCUUUCAUUUCCAUCUGCAUCAACAAUUGGCCUGUUACUUCCCUAUUUAAGAGUUCGUGUUUCAAGACCAACUAUGUCACAGUUUCUCUAAACAGCUUGUCCUGCUAGUUCCUAUCCCUUCAGACACCGCCUUCGCAUACAACUCUCAAUCCCCCAUCAAAACGCAUACCCACGCCUGAUCUUCCAGCACUACUUCCUCUCCCAUUGCUUGGACAGAGUCCUCUG